GAGGUCGAAAGCGAAAUGGUUACGCGGUAUUUCUUAAAUGUCGCUGACGACGAUUAGUGCUAGCAACACCGUGGAUAAUCAUAUCACGUGGAAAAUAUAUUUCACUAAUCGCACUAAUAUUUACUGUUUCGCAAAUUUCCUUAAUAUCCACGAAUCUCAUUUUGUACUAUAUGAAAACCGCCUUAACUGUUUAACGGUCAAUAUUGUAAAAUCAAAUUCCCACAUAACUAGUGCGUGGAUAUUCUUUGUUUUAAUUAUACUAUUGUUCAUUUUCUUUACUUGUACGCCUUAUGUAUUACAAUUGGCUUGUGUAGCCUUGCUGUGACGUUAACCCGCCUCUAGACGACCGGAAACUGUUCUACAUAUACAGUGUAUUUCAAGAAAGAGCAUCCGCAAGUUAUUCACGCAUGGAGUGGAGAAGAAUCGUUUUUUAAGCUUUGUGAUUCAAGUCUAGUUCCCACUUUAUUUGUGUUUACCAGCUUUUAUCAUUCGAUGUAAAACAAAAAUGUAAAUACACGGUGAGCUUUAAAAUUGCAUCUGAUCGUAAAUAUCACGUAAAUUGGUAGGAAUAGCAGAAAUAUUAAGUAACAAUAGACACCUCGUGUCAUAUAAAAAUUAAUUUAUCAGAAUUUUUUAUUCAUACUAAUUAAUAUUUAAUUUUCUAUCAAAUCUCGCUAAACAAACAGUUAACGAAACAUUAAUUCAUUACAAGGGCAAGAUAUCAAUCAAAAUUGAAACAUUCAUUUGUUAAGUGUUAUCAUUCAAUGAUUUCUAAUAAUAAUUCAAUACGUUUGACGAUUAAUAUAGUUUUUACGUGUAUCGCUACAAUCAAAAGGAAGAAGAGAAGUUAAACAACGAAUUUAUAAAGAAUAAGAAAAUUCGGUGGUACUACAGUUAAACGAUGAAAAUUUUAAAAAAUGAUAUAAUGAUACAUACAAAAUAAUGUAUAUCUGUAUGAUUUUACUGUUAACCGUCGUGUCGCCUACUUCCGUUUCUGGAAUGACAUUUGAAGAAGCCGCUCAAAAAGCACAAUGUCUCUCCAAGUGUGUCGACGAAUCUUGCUGGAAAGAUUGCGAGGAAAUCGGUGACGAUUUGUCUGGUAUUAUUUUUUUGAAAGAAAAAACUGCUGCUAAUGUUCGCGUUCAUUGUGCCGGUCCAAAUAUUUUGAUGAUUGCGCAUGAUCCAGGAUUAUACGUGAUUGAGAUAAAUGAUCAAAAUGAGUCUUGGACGGAGGCAUAUGUCAAAAAUGGUACAGUCUCGACAUUCGGAAAUUUAUCAGCGGAUACAAGUUAUGCAUUUCACUUGCAUAAGGUUAAGAAGAACGGUUUAUAUCAGUCGGAAGUAACGCCAUGGUUCUCUACAGAAAAAGUCGAUUAUAAACCUGGACCGGUGAGAAAUAUUUCGGUAAAAAACUUUAUGGCGGACGACACUGACGUAAAACAUUUGCAGGCUGAAAUUGUAUUUGAGCCAGAGGAAAAAGCCAACUGCUAUUUCAGCAUUACUAUACAUCCUUUUUCAAGACACGACAUUAUGUACAUUAUGGAGCCCACGGAAUUUCGAAGCAUCGUAGAGGGAUUACGUUACAACACCAAUUAUACAGGAAACAUAACGUCCUAUCCAAGUAAAGAUAUAUGGAACGUGGACGAACCAAAUAAACAUGACUAUUGGUUUAUGACGCCUUUAUGUUUGGAUAUACAAAAGAAUACAAGUGUCUGUCCUCCAGAUGAUGUCAAGGGAUUAGAUGCGAAAGUCAAGUGGAACGGAGAAUCUUCCGACAUUAUUGUUUGGUGGGAAAAAUCCAAAAUUCAACCAGAAUUGUAUCACGUGGAGAUUGAAUGGCGGAAGGGUUACGAGAAAUACAAUACCGAUUUAACAGUGCCAGGGAAUACGACUGAGGUUUUCUUUCCUGACGUUGGCGUUCGCGCCGAUUCUUCGUAUCGAGUUGUCAUCGUCGCGGAAUCCAAUGGUCGACGCACUGUGCCAUUGGAAAUUAAUAGAAUGGUGAAUAACGUUUCAGACACUCCUUAUUCUGUAUACAUUGGGAUCGCUAUUAUACUUUUGGUAAUCGCCUUAUUAAUGACGACUGGAAGUGCAUAUACGUAUUGCAGAUACGUGAGGAGAAAACGAUGCAAAAAGAAAGUAAUAUAUUUCGAAACUUUCAAGAAAAAGGAUGGGAAUUUUGAAACAGAAAAGGACAAAAUAACGUCCGACUAUAUGACUGAAAUUAAUGAAAAGCUACUGGUCGAUGAAUAUGAAGUGGAAACAGAUAAAUUGCAAAUCAAACAAGUAUUAGGAAGUGGCGCUUUUGGAGUGGUGAGACUUGGAACAAUGCUUGAUAAAUUUGAUCAAGAAAUCGAUGUGGCGAUAAAAAUGUUAAAUGAGAAUCCAACUGCUGAUGAUGUCAGUAAUUUUCAACAAGAAAUUAUGACUAUGAAGUUCACUGGCAAACAUCCAAAUAUUGUAUCAUUUUUGGGAUGCUGCACAAUAAAUAGUAGCCCUAUGCUGAUAGUGGAAUAUUGUUCUCGCGGUGAUCUGCAAAGUUAUCUCAGAAGGGCGUGGGAAGAAGUGGGAGUUUGUACGAUACGAAACAAAAAUGAGUGGCUAGUGAAUGCAGACGCAUUCUUUAAAAGAAUUAAUAAUUUUGAUAAUGAAGUUUCUAAUUGUCUUUACGAUCUUGAUCAAGACAUGCUGAGAAACGUGGAACCGAUAACAGCGAUGGAUUUGCUUAAUUUCGGACGUCAGGUUGCCAUUGGAAUGGAAUUUCUUUCAUUGAAUCGCAUAGUUCAUCGAGACUUGGCAACGCGCAACGUACUAGUCAGUGGAGACAAAACGGUCAAAAUAUCUGAUUUUGGUCUGAGUCGUGAUAUUUACCAAGAAAACAUUUAUAGAAAACAAGGGAACGGUCGAUUGCCAAUAAAAUGGAUGGCUAUUGAGUCCCUGACUCAUCAAGUCUACACAACGCAAAGCGACGUAUGGUCCUUUGGUAUUUUGCUAUGGGAAAUAGUAACCCUGGGCGGCAAUCCAUAUCCAGGAACACCGACAAACAGAGUACUGAAGCUUCUUCAAUCGGGAUACAGAAUGGACAAGCCAGAAAACUGUGGAAUUGAAUUAUAUCAGAUAAUGCUGUCGUGCUGGAACGAGAAUCCACGAUGCAGACCAAGCUUUACCGAAUUAAAAGAAAAUCUUGACAAACUGCUGGGUACCCUUUCUGAAAAAGAGUAUCUGACUCUCAUAGGCAAUUUUCCUGGGGCUGACGAAAGUUCUGCAUACGAGGAAUCGUCGUCGGAUGAUGAGACUGAGGAUUUUCGAAAAUCGCCAAAGUUACGGUUACUCUCGCCCAUGCGUUACGUCAGCGAGCUGCGCAGUGACGAUGCGCAGAUAACCGAUUUAACGCGGAUCACUUGACAUUUCGAAUAAAUUCAAAUGACAGAAACGUUUAAAUUGAAUAUGUAAAACACGUUACACUGUAUCAUUCCAUUAAUAGUGAAUAGUACGUUGAUACACAAAUAUAAAUAAGUCUAAUGUAUUAUCCCAAAGAAUUAACUCUAAGCACUGUAUUAAAGUGGCACAGUUUUCUCGUCGAGUCAGCACUUUCGCGAAUGACACUUUUUUUUCUUUGUAACAAAACAAGACGCGUUUAAUAAAUUAUUAUCACACGCAA